UAACGCGUACUGUUCCCAUAGAAACAACCCUAUUAUAAGAAGAUAGUUAUCAGUUCCCGAUUUCCUAUGGCACUAGUCGUCGCGCACAUCGUUGGUAUCGCAGUUGACAGCUUUCGCUCCCAGGACAAGCCUAAUAGUUUCCCUUUACCGGUAUACUACGCAAACUGCAGAACAGAAGGAAUCCUUUGCAAUUGCCGUUGUUGAACCGCACUUUGGUAUGGCUCAAUCCUUGAACCCAAGCGCGCUAUGUGGUGAUCUGCACGCGCUUGCUGCCUUGGGGAUAGACCAGCUUCACAAUGUGAUUGAAAUUGUUAGGCAGUUAUUCGGCCAAAUAGGCUACGGCGAUGCCGAUGACACGAUGCAGCGUCAGGCAGCACUGCAACACCAGUACCUAGCUGCAGUGGGUGCUCUUCGGAGGACUUUGGAACAGUGUAUCGUCUUGUCAUCGCAGUUACAUUCUGGCGACUGUGGGGCCGACGCUGUUAAGGAGGAGCCGGUCGCGACAGCAGAUGACAUGGCGACACGGUUGACACAGCUGCAGGCGGAGCUCAGCGGCAAGAACGAGGUGGUAAAGCAGCUCAUAGAUCAGCUGCGGCAAAUGCUGGAGUCAAUAUCCAUGUGGGAGUCGCACAAGCACAUGCUAGAGCGCUAUAAACUUGCGGAGGGACACUAGCCUGCCUGGCCUCGGUGGUUCCAGACAAGCAGGGGUACGGAACGUCCCAGCCGUGCUUCGAGUACGGCAGGGCGUAACACGUGGACGGUUAUGGUUGUCUAUGCGUUACGAGUGCUUGUGGGGGAUCCGGGCAAGAGAUGGGGUCUACUGGGCCUGAUGUGGAACAACUGAAGCUGGCUACUGCAACCUGUAUUCGGAUACCGGUAUCUGGUGACAUGGAGCGGUAGCUGUGCCUCCGUGUGACGUGCAGCAUGUGCUAUUGUAAGCAAGGGGUGAUGCACAUGCUCAACUGGUCUCCAUACGGAUAGGCUUAAGGCAGA